CCGAGUUGGUGCUGCCCGCGGCGGGGCCGCCUUCGUCCCGCCGCUUCCGGGGCCCGGCGGCGCGAUGAAGAAGCCGGACGGGAAGGUGGUGCUGCUGGGGGACAUGAACGUGGGUAAGACUUCGCUGCUGCACCGCUACAUGGAGCGGCGCUUCCAGGACACCGUCAGCACGGUCGGCGGCGCUUUCUACCUGAAGCAGUGGGGGCCGUACAACAUCUCUAUCUGGGACACGGCAGGCCGGGAACAGUUUCAUGGCUUGGGAUCGAUGUACUGCAGAGGAGCAGCCGCCGUCAUCCUGACGUAUGACGUGAACAGCCUGCAGAGCCUGGCGGAGCUGGAGGACAGGUUCCUGGCACUGACAGACAGCGCCAGUGCUGACUGCAUCUUUGCUAUCGUUGGGAAUAAAGUGGACCUCAGCGAUGACUGUGCUUCGCCACCUGAUGAAAACAGACCUGAGAAGGCCGUUGCCGGCUGCAGCUCAAAGGUGCGGAAACAAGUCCGCGUGGAGGAUGCGAUUGCGCUCUACAAGAAGAUACUGAAAUACAAAAUGCUGGAUGAGAAGGAUGUUCCAGCAGCUGAGAAAAUGUGCUUUGAGACCAGUGCGAAAACAGGAUAUAAGGUGGACUACCUCUUUGAAACUGUGUUUGACAUGGUCGUACCAAUAAUCGUACGGCAGAAAGCUGAGGGGCCAUCGCAGACUGUAGACAUUACUGACUACAAACCGGCCAAAAGGACAAAAUCUGGGUGUUGUGCCUGAAAGUGAUGUGGCAUAAAAAGGGGGAGGGACUGCCCACUGUGGCAAACAGAGGAGCGUUUGCAGCACACCAGAGAGGAAAAAGCAAAGAAAAAACAGACUGUAAUGGCUUACAACCCCUAAACAAAACAGAAAAAGCACCACGAGUUUCCUGAGCAUUAAAUGUUUCUGAGAAACUCUGUGUAUGAGAAUGGGAGUGAAAUGAUGGAGGAUGUACCAGUUUCCAAGGGCUUUGAAGGCAAUUUCUGUUGGUACACUUGAUAGUGACAAUCAUUUGAACAGUUUAGAAGAAGUCUUAUUUUUCAAUGACUCACCACUUCAUGUUACGUGAAAACGAUCUAUUUGUAUAAUCUAUGCAGCUUUCAAAUGGUUAUCAUCUUUUCCCUUGUGAUUCUGACUUUGAAAGAUAGAAUGCACGGUACCUUUUUUAUUCUUAAAAAAAAAAAAAGAAAAUCCAGGUAUAAUUUAUAUAUGUAGCUAAUAAAGAAAUUACUGUCAGGUCCAGCAUUGUAAGAUUCUGAAGCUGUGCUAUUAAAAUCACUGUGGAUAUGUACUGUUAA